AUGAACAAUCAAAGUAAGUCAAAAACAAUAACUACAAAACCUACAUUCCCCAAUCCGACUGGUCAUCGUGGGGAAUUAGACCACCACCCUCCAUCUCAAGUCAAACACAAAAAUCAACACAAUAACCAACAGAGUCUUAAACACAAAGCAAAUAUAAAAGUAGGCACUUUCAACGUGAGAUCCCUUUCAUCCCCAGAAAGAUUUUUGGAACUUACCCAUGCACUUGAAAGUAUCAAUUGUGACAUUUUGGGACUUGCAGAAGUAAGACGACUCGGAUGCAGCAUAGAAGAACAUGAUGACUUCAUUUUCUGCUACAUCGGUCAAACUAAAGGAAAAAACCCAACAGAAAAUGGACAUGGCGGUCACCUGAUUCUAACACCAAAAAUGAAAUAGACUUUAUAUUAACAAAUACCCCAAGAUCAAUAACAAACUUUG